GAUUUAUCAAAACUACCUCUCUCUCACUCUCAUCCAAAAUGCCCAAGUUCUUCUACGAUUCUGACGCUGAUCUCUCUGCUAUCCGCAACAAGAAGGUUGCUUUCGUUGGUUAUGGUAACCAAGGAUGCGCUCAAGCUCUUAACCUUCGUGAUUCUGGUUUCGACAACAUUGUUGUUGGUAACAUCGAUGAUGAAUACAAGCCCCGUGCUAUUGCCGAUGGUUUCCGCACUGUUUCCAUUAGCGAGGCCGUUUCCGAGGCUGAAGUCAUCUUCCUUCUCAUUCCUGAUGAAGAUCAACAACAAGUCUGGAAGGAUCAGAUCCGCGACCAUUUGCUUCCCAACGCCACUUUGGUUGUCGCUUCUGGUUAUGCUGUUGCCUUCGACCUUUUGGAACUUCCUGAAACCUUGGACGUUGUCAUGGUUGCCCCUAGAAUGAUCGGUGCUGGUGUCCGUGAUCGUUAUGUCGCCAAGGAGCCCUAUCCCUGCUUCGUCUCUGUCGAGAGAAACCCCAGCGGUAAGGCUCUCCAGACUGCCAUCGAUCUUGCAUGCGCCAUUGGUGCCACCCGUGGUCGCGGUGCUGUCGAGUCCUCUUGCCUUGAGGAGGCCGGUAUCGAUCUUUUCGCUGAACAAGCUCUUUGGCCUGCUAUCAACACCUGUUUCCUUCAAGCUUUCCAGGUGUUGAAGGGUGCUGGUUUCUCUGAUGAGGCCAUCUUGUUCGAUAUGUACCUUUCCAAGGAGCCUUCAGAAGUUUUCGAGCGUGCUUCCAACGUUGGCUUCUUCAAGCAACUCAAGUUCCACUCCAAAACAUCACAGUUCGGUCAACUCCGCGGAACCAAGAACAGCGACGGCACUGCCUUGAAGGCACAGUUUGAGAAGGUUUUGCACAAGGAUAUCUUGUCUGGCGAGUUCGCAAAAUACUGGUCCAACUCUCUUGCUGGCGGUGCUACUGAGCUUGAGCAAUUGUGGAAGGAUGUUGAGCAGGAGCCUAUUCAAAUCGCUGAGAACAACCUUGGACUUCAGAAGUAAAUUUUUCUAUACACACUAUUUUUCCGACGCUUUCACACCAUCACAACAGGAGCAUCUUACACUCAUACAGCAAAUAAACAUUGGUUCGUUUUUUUUUUAAUGACAAAGU